AUUUGUCCUAAACUGAUGUCCAAACCAGCCCAUUGGUGUAGAAUACCUGAAUUCGAUAAAAUGCAGUCAUGGUCAAGCAGCCUUAUGAAAAAUCUAAGUAUACCUUCAUACAUGAAGGACGGAAUCUCUCAAUACUCACAAUGCAGUAUGUAUGUUCGAAAUUACACUUAUAUUGCUGAAGUCAUCGACAAGAUGAGAAACGGCACAAUCCCACUAGAAAUAAUAUCAGUUUCUUUAAACACAACAGCAUGUCAGCAUGGUUGGGUAUAUGAUAAAUCAUUAUUUGAAUCAACUGUUGUCACGCAGUGGGAUCUUGUUUGCGAGAAAGAUUUUUACACAACUGCCGCUCUUAGUGUGUUUGGUGUAGCCGGUUUGAUUGGAAACUUCGCUUUUGGAUACAUGCAAGACUACUGGGGGCGAAAAACAUCAUUUUAUAUAUAUCUGCUUAUUGAACUCACAGCUUGUGCACUUGGCGUGGUGACCCAAUCUUUUGGCCAAUGGCUAUUAUCUAGGUUCAUUGUCGGUUUAACAGUACCCGCGAUUUUAUCUAGUCCAUAUGUAUUAGCAAUUGAGUUAGUGGAACCAACGAAACGUGACUUUUGUACGAUAGUGUCCAAUAUUGCUUAUUCAAUUGGUUUAAUAAUGCUGGCUGGAGUCGUCCAUUUGUACCGUGGAUGGAAAGCUUUAUCAUUGGCUGUAUCUUUGCCGUUCGUAUCGCUAUUUAUUUUUUAUUAUUUCAUUCCCGAAUCACCUCGAUGGCUGCUAACUAGGAAUCGAUUCAGGGAAGCUGCGAAAAUAAUGAAACACAUGGCAAGAAUAAACAGGAAACCGAUUCCUGCAAACUACGAAAUCGUUUUAAAAAACAAAUUAUGCUCUUCUCCAGAAAUUGCGUCCGUAACUGUAUGUAACUACGGAAUCAAGGAUUUAUUUGUUGGCAAACAAUUGGCACGCAAAACAAUUAUAAUAACGUACAUUUGGUUUACUAACACUAGCGUUUAUGUCGGCCUUAGUUAUUACGCCCCAGCGCUUGGAGGCGACGAAAUAAUGAAUUUCUUUUUAGCUGGCGUGGUAGAGUUACCAACUUAUAUUGUACUGUGGCCUAGUUUAUACUAUUGUGGUCGUCGAUGGAUAUUAUGCGUAUCAAUGAUGCUAGGUGGCUUUGCCUGUUUAUUUACAUUCAUCACACAAGCAGGUACGUGA